AUGUCGAGGAAAGAAGGAUCAACAGAGGGGGAGAGUUCUUCAAAUUGGGCUAAUAUUGUAGGCGAUGUUUUAAGAUGCAUUGCAGAUAAGACUCACUCAGUUCAAGAUCGUACUCGGAUGGGCACAGUCUGUCGAUCUUGGCAAGCUUCACUCAAGGAUAAAGAAAUCAUCUUUCCUAUUUGUUUGAUGCUUGCAGAGAAAGAGGAUAGUGACAAACGUUGUUUUUACAAUAUAUCAGAAGAAAUCUUCAUUGAGCUGGAAUUGCCGGAGAUUCGAGGAAGGAGGUGUUGGGGUUCUCCUUUUGGUUGGUUAAUAACCUGUGGGCUUGAUCUCGAAAUUCAAUUGUUUAAUCCUUUAUCAAGAGCCAACCUUGCCCUUCCUCCACUGAAUACCUUCACCCACCGGAAACAUUGGCAAAAUCGGACUUCUGAAGACGUGCGUAAUUAUUUUAUAAACAAGCUCUUGUUAUCCUCAAAUCCUGCUUCUCCGGAUUGUUUUGUUUUCGCAAUUUAUUCUGAAUAUAAUUUCUUAGCAAUUGCAAAACCCGGCGAUAAUAAAGCAUGGACUCCUAUUAAUGUUGCCCCUACCCCUAUUGAAGCUACCCAUAUAAUUCGAUUCGAUGAUGUCAUUUGUUUCAAUGGUAGUUUCUUUGCUGUUCGAGAUAGUGGUCAGCUAUUUUUAUGUCAAGACAUAGAUGCAUCUCAUCCUAAUGCUGUAGAGUUUGCCUCGGUGCCUCCAACAUGGUCUCCAAGGGAUGCUGGUUGGACCAAAUAUCUAGUUGAUAUGGGUGGAAACCUUUGUGUGCUGUCCCGCAUUAUUCAACCGUAUGGGUAUACUUCUGACAUCGGAGAAGGGUUUACUUCUGAUAGCGAAGAAGAGAUAGAAAUAUUUACUUCUGACAACGAAGGAGGAGGGAACUUUUUCACAAAAGAAUUUCAUAUUUUUAAGCUGAAUAUGCAAACAAGGAACUGGGAGAGAAUUUUAUCACUGGGUGAUCGAUCCUUAUUUUUGGGAAAUUGCUACACUUUCUCUGUCAUUGCUGCAGAUUACCAUGGUUGCAUGUCUAACUGUAUUUACGUCACUAAUGAUUAUCUCCACAGUGGUGGUUCUGAUAUAGGUAUCUACAAUUGUGAGAAAAAGGAGACGUUGGAUCUUUUUCCUAAGUUAGAUAACCGGCAAUAUCUGCAGUCUUCAUUCUCACCGCCAUUAUGGUUCAUUCAUUGCCCUCACUAG